AUGUCGCCUCACAAAGUCGACCUCGAGGUCGAUGGACUCAAGAUAAAGAUUGCCAUUGAUCGUGGAGGCACAUUUACCGAUUGUUUGGGGAUCGUUGAAGGUCGCAGCGAUGAUAUCGUUGUCAAACUCUUAUCCCAAGAUCCUGGUAACUACCAAGAUGCACCUAUUGAGGGUAUCCGAAGAAUUCUGGAGGAGGCCACUGGCCGAUCGUUUCCCCGGAGUCGAAAACUCGACAUCAGCAGCUUCUCCGACUUCAGUGUUCGAAUGGGCACCACCGUCGCCACGAAUGCGUUGCUUGAACGGAAAGGAGAACGGAUCGCACUAUGCAUCACCAAGGGAUUCAAAGACGCAUUGAUCAUCGGCAAUCAAUCCCGCCCCAAACUCUUCGCUCUGAAUAUCGAACGGCCCGAGGUUUUGUUCAAGGAUGUCAUCGAGAUCGAUGAGCGUGUGACUGUCGAAGACUACCAACAAAAUCCCCAGCCGGACCACGAAGCUCUUUUGAAGGCGCUUGAAAGUGACCCCGAGCUCGUGAAGGGAGUCAGCGGAGACGUGAUUCGCGUUCUACAGAAACUGGACGAGGACAAGACCCGUAGAGACCUUCAAGGUCUUUACGACCAAGGCUACAGAUCCAUCGCAGUCUGCUUGGCACAUUCUUACACCUUUCAAGAACAUGAGCUGGCCGUCAGAAGGAUCGCCGAGUCGGUUGGGUUCACCCAGAUCUCGCUGUCCAGUCAACUGCUGCCGAUGAUCAAACUGACAUCCCGAGGUGCAUCUGCCACGGUGGACGCUUACUUGACACCCAUCGUCAAGAAGUACAUUGAAGGUUUCCGCGCUGGUUUCGAAGACGGGCUCAGCUCUAGCAAUACGCGCUGCGAAUUCAUGCAGAGUGACGGUGGCCUCGUCACAUUUGACAAGUUCUCCGGUCUACGCGCAAUUCUUUCCGGACCUGCUGGUGGCGUUGUAGGGCAUGCUCGCACCUCCUUUGACCCCAGGGUCAAUGUUCCAAUCAUCGGAUUCGACAUGGGAGGGACAUCCACCGACGUAUCACGUUUCGACGGGACAUUUGACCAAACAUUCGAGAACACCACUGCCGGCAUCACCGUCAUGGCACCGCAAUUGGACAUCAACACAGUGGCUGCCGGAGGAGGCUCUAUCCUGUUCUGGCGCUACGGACUGUUCGUAGUUGGCCCAGAGUCCGCAGGAGCACACCCGGGACCUGCGUGCUACAGAAAGGGCGGACCUCUCACUGUGACUGACGCCAAUCUCUUCCUUGGGAGAUUGUUGCCUCAAUACUUUCCAAAAAUCUUUGGGCCAAAGGAAAACGAACCCCUUGACCUGGAAAUCACCCGGCAGAAGUUUGAGGCCCUGGCUGAUCAGAUAUCCAAGGAGAUCGGACAAGCUAAGACGGCGGAGGAAGUGGCACUCGGUUUUCUCGAAGUAGCCAACGAGUCGAUGGCAAAGCCUAUUCGAGCGCUCACUCAAGCGAGAGGCUUUGACACGUCAACACAUCAUCUUGCUUCUUUCGGUGGAGCAGGAGGGCAGCAUGCUUGUGCCAUUGCCUCGUCUCUGUCCAUCAAGACCGUCAUCAUCCACCGGUAUUCCUCGAUCCUCUCGGCGUACGGUAUGGCACUUGCAGAUGUCGUCCACGAAGCGGCCGAGCCUGCGUCAAUGACCUUGAACGAGAAGAACACUCCCGAGAUCAAGCAUCGCAUUGAUGGCCUCAAGGAAAAAGUCCGGCGAGAGCUCACGGAUGAUGGCAUCCCCGAAGCAACGAUUCAGUAUGAAGUAUACCUCAAUCUCAGAUAUGCCGGGACAGACAAUUAUCUGAUGGUGCUUGAACCCGCAGAUGGAGAUUUCAAGCAGGCUUUCAUUGCAGAACACCGACGCGAAUUCACAUUCACAUUCGAGAAUCGCGAUGUCCUGAUCGAGACGUUGCGAGUUCGGGGCGUUGGCAAAUCCCUUGCUCUUCCACCAGAGACUCCCUAUGACGCUCUUGAAAAGCUUUCAUUCUCGUCUCUGACAACAGACCAAGCAGACGACGAGACAUCAAUGUAUUUUGGUGGUGCAGGUUGGCUCCGUUCGCCUGUCUUCUUCCUUGGUAAAACGACUCCUGGCAGCCUGAUCCCCGGACCAGCAGUCAUUCUGGACAAGACGCAGACCAUCAUCGUCGAGCCAAAUGCCACAGCACGUAUCCUCCCGCGGCACGUGGUGAUUGACAUCCCAGCCACCAAGGCAGUGUCGGAACAGACCCACGUCGUCGACCCUAUCCGUCUGUCCAUCUUCGGACACCGCUUCAUGUCCGUGGCCGAACAAAUGGGUCGCAUGUUCCAAAAGACGUCAGUGUCGACCAACAUCAAAGAGCGAUUGGAUUUUUCAUGCGCCAUGUUCUCUCCGGACGGCAAACUCGUCGCCAACGCUCCACAUGUCCCCGUGCACCUGGGCUCCAUGGAAUACGCAGUCCGCUAUCAACAUCAGCUGCACAUCACCGGUUCACCGUUGAAGCCGGGCGAUCACAUCCUCACCAACCACCCCUUGGCCGGCGGCACUCACCUUCCCGACAUCACCAUCAUCAGCCCUGUGUGGGACCAAAAGGGCGAGAACAUCAUUUUCUACGUCGCGUCUCGUGGCCACCACGCCGAGAUCGGCGGCACGCGUCCCGGCUCGAUGCCCUCAGACAGCAAGAUGCUGUACGAAGAAGGUGCCAUGACCAUGGGUUUCAAGAUCGUCUCGGCCGACCACUUCGACGAAGAAAGAGUCCGAAAGUUCUUGUGUGACGAACCGGCCUCGUUCCCCAACUGCAGCGCCACGCGCACGUACAAGGACAACGUUUCCGACCUCAAGGCCGCCAUCGCCGCCAAUCAACGUGGUGCGGACCUCAUACAGGAAAUGAUCGAUGCGUUCGGCCUGCAGACGGUGCACUUUUACAUGGACGCGAUCAAAGCGAACGCGGAAGUCGCGGUGCGGGAAUACCUCAAGAAGGUCAGCAAGGAGACGGCUGGCAAACCCCUCAGGUUCAUCGACUACAUGGACGACGGCAGCCCUAUCAAGCUCGAGAUCCGCAUCGACGCCGCAACAGGAGGCGCCGAGUUUGAUUUCACGGGCACUGGACGAGAAACGUUCAACUGUCUGAACGCGCCCAAGGCCAUCACGCACUCGGCCAUCAUAUACUCACUCCGGUGCCUGAUCAACGUCGACAUCCCGCUCAACGAAGGUUGUCUGGCGCCGUGUAAGGUCAUCAUCCCCGAAGGGACACUGUUGAAUCCAUCGGGCUACGCGGCCGUAUGUGCGGGCAACCCGAUCACGAGCCAGCGCAUCACGGACACGAUCCUGGGUGCGUUUGGAGCCUGCGCGGCGUCGCAGGGCGACUGCAACAUUAUCUCCUUUGGUAUGGGAGGAGGGAAAGAUGCCGAGGGCAACGAAGUCGCGGGCUUCGGCGUGGGCGAGACGAUAUGCGGCGGUUCGGGCGCGGGACCGUUCUGGCACGGGACGUCGGGCGUCCACGUGCACAUGACCAACACUCGCAUCACCGACGUCGAGGUUUAUGAGUUGCGGUAUCCGAUCAUCUUGCGACAGUUUUCGCUCCGUAAAGGUUCGGGUGGAAAAGGUCAGUUCAACGGCGGCGACGGCGUGACGCGUGAGAUCGAGUUCAGGAUCCCCCUUUCCGCGUCCAUGUUGAGUGAGAGGAGGGUGUAUCCCCCCUAUGGCAUGGCAGGUGGAGGACCCGGGCAAGUUGGGUUGAACCUGUACAUCAAAACGGAACACGACGGGACGGAACGCACGAUCAAUAUCGGUGGGAAGAUGGAAUUGAGUAUGCAACCUGGAGAGAGACUUGUCAUUAAUUCCCCCGGAGGUGGUGCUUGGGGUGCGCCUGCCUCUGUCGAGGAUGUCGUCGCGGAGAAGACUUCACUCUUGACGGCCGCGGCUUCAUCAAAGAGGCAGUUUGAACCUAGAGGCAGCGUUUUUGAUUGGGAUUCGGCGGCUCAAGCUGCACAGUGAUUAUGAUGCGACAUAUGAGUGAGGUACGAGGCAUGUGGCACGAGGGACGAAUAAUGUAUGCAUGGAUGGGAGAAAGGGGGAAGGGG